UGCAGAAAUUAAAGAGAGUUUGGUGAAAGGAGUUAUAUCAGCGUCCCCACAAAGAAACCAACCAAACCAACCCCCAUUCUCUGCCAUUCAUAUAUAUGGUUAGUCUCUUUACUACAUAUAUAUAUAUAUAUAUUCAGGAAAAAAGAUUUACUAAAUCCCAUCAAAUUAGUCAAUAAGUUAGCUACGGGAGGAAUGUCAAACCAAAUAAACCAUCCCCUCAAUUCACUUUACAUCAAUCAUAAAAAAUGGAGGAAAAUUUCUAACACGAAAACAAUUGCUCGGGAGAGUAUAACAAGAUCUUUCUUAUUUUCCUUUACUUAAAUUUCAUUGCCUAAUUAAGCUAAUCAAACAGCUUAUAUAGCUAUUAUUAGCAUAGACUCUUACCAAUCAAACCAUCGAUCACUAUGUUAGCUUCUUGUCUAAGCCUGGUCUCCUGGUACGGCACCUACCUCCACCGUUGUCUCUCCGCCGCCGGCCUGUCUUCGCAGAUGGUCGACGUGGACGACGAAACCACCAUCCACUUCUGGGGACCCAAACGAUCCCCCAAUUAUGACUCUUCUUCCAAACCUGCAUUAAUUUUGAUUCACGGGUUCGGCCCACGAGGCGAGUGGCAGUGGCGCCGGCAGGUGGUGUUCUUCGCCCCUCACUUCGACGUCUACGUGCCGGACCUCGUCUUCUUCGGUGAGUCCACCACCAAGUCGUCGGAGAGGUCGGAGGUUUUUCAGGCGGUUUGUGUUGGAAAGCUGAUGGAGAAGUUGGGCGUUGAGAGGUAUGCGGUGCUGGGGACGAGCUAUGGGGGUUUUGUGGCGUACCACUUGGCGGAGAUGUGGCCGGAGAGGGUUGAGAAGGUGGUGAUUGCUAGUUCUGGGGUGAACAUGAGGAGGAGUGAUAAUGUUGAGUUGUUGAGGAGGGCGAAAGCCGAGAAGAUCGACGACGUUAUGCUGCCGCAGACGGCGGCGCAGUUGAGUAAGUUGAUGGGUUUGGCACUGUUUAGACGCCCCUACAUGCCUCGGUUCUUGUUACAUGACUUCAUUGAUAAAUUGUACUCCGACAACAGGAAGGAGAAGAUGGAACUCCUGAAGGGACUGAGCGUUGGAUGGGACGACACAGUUAAUAUAUCCCCUCUUCAACAGGAGGUCUUGAUAGUGUGGGGAGACCAUGAUCAAAUAUUUCUACUGGAGAAAGCUACUGAACUCAAGGAGCUUCUGGGAGAGAAGGCAAGACUGGAAGUAAUAAAGAAUACAUCACACGUACCCCAACUAGAACAAGCAAGGCAGUUCAACAACAUUGUGAUGAAUUUCUUAUGUGGGUCCUCAUCACUAUCCUACUAAUUUGUUUACUAGAUCAAUGAAUUGUUUUUGACUUGUGGUCUUUUGAUUGAAUUUUCUGAUCAUGAAAUUACCGCACUUACGGUUUUCGGCUACAGAAACCUUUUACACAUACAUGAAAAUUAAUGACAUUGGGCUCUGUAUAAUUUGUCUUC